AAUUCAAAACUUUUCAUUUCUAAUUCUAUGAGCCCAUUACAUAUCUGUGCGCAUCUUUGUUCCGCCGCGAACCAGCGAGUCGCGUCGUGCCGUCGUCUCCUUUCGUUUCCGCCGUGACUCUCCUCUACUCGCGACUCUCCUUCAAGGAACACUCUAACUCAAGACAUGUUCUCCAAGAGAAAAAUUCAAACUUCCUUCUGCAACUACCUCAACAACAAUCUCAACCUUCAUAUUUACACAAGAUCUAUAUCCAGUCUCAAAGUAGUAUGGCGCAAGGACCCACUACUAGACCAAGCCAUAGAACAUGAUAAACGCUUCAAGCAAUGUGCCCGCGUCGUCAAAGAAGUUCUCAAUGAACCAGGUCAAGUCAUCCCUCUACGCUACCUCGAAAAACGCCGCGAAAGGAUGCGACUCAAGGUUAAAGUUGAAACCUUUAUGAAUCAAAACCCUUUUUUAUUCGAUAUCUAUUACGAUCGCAUUAAACCCAAAACUGAACCCGUUAAAUUUAUCCGGGUCAGCGAUCAGCUCCUUCAGUUUCUGGAGGAAGAGAAACAAAUUUAUAAGGAGAAUGAACCGUUAAUUGUUUCUAAGUUGUGUAAAUUGUUGAUGAUGUCAAAGAAUAAGGUUGUUAGUGCUGAUAAAUUGCUUCACGUGAAAAGGGAAUUUGGUUUCCCUAAUGAUUUUUUGGUUGAUUUGGUUCCUAGGUAUCCAGAAUAUUUUAGGUUAACUGGUUUACCUGGGGAGGGAAAAUCGUUUCUUGAAUUGGUUAAUUGGAACCCUGAGUUUGCAAAAUCUGUUAUUGAGAAAAGGGCUGAAGAGGAAAGUAGGCUUACUGGGAUUAGGGUUAGGCCUAGUUUCAAUGUAAAGCUUCCUCCGGGGUUUGUGUUGAAGAAGGAAAUGAGGGAGUGGAUUAGGGAUUGGAUGGAGCUUGAUUAUGUAUCACCUUACGAGGAUGUUUCACAUUUGGAGCAAGCAUCAAGAGAGAUGGAGAAAAGGUCUGUUGGGGUGUUCCACGAAUUGCUUUCUCUUUCGCUGUAUAAGAGGGUUCCGGUGCCGAUUCUUGGAAAGUUUUGCGAGGAAUAUAGGUUUUCGAAUGCUUUUUCAAGCACUUUUACAAGGCAUUCUGGUAUAUUCUAUAUGUCGUUGAAAGGUGGGAUUGAAACUGCAAUGCUGAGAGAAGCAUAUGAAGGGGAUAAGUUGAUUGACAUUGAUCCACUGCUUCAGAUAAAAGAGAGAUUUGCCGAGUUGCUUAAGGAGGGUUGGCGGCAAAGAGCGGAGCAGUUGAGGUUGAAACAAGAAAAAAUUAAACAAGAUAUGGAACUUGUGGCCACAAGAGUUGCUGAAUAAUCAUAUGAAAUCGGUGUGUGGAUAUAUGAAGAGCGUUCAAUUUGGAAACUUCUCACGAGGAAUGCACUUCUAUCAUAAACUUGCCCAUAACGAUGAAUUAGACUGUGUAACUAUGCACUUUAUCAACCUAUGAAAUAAAUGCAUGAAAAAAUUACAGAAGUUAGACUAACAAAGGAGGUUGUGAAUGGACUUAAUUUGUGUUUGUCUAACUCCAUGUGCUUUGGAAUUUAGGAAUUAAAUGACAUGGUUCUCCAAAAUCCAAAUAAUCCUUUUGGCAUCAGACCAAUCCUGCAUUGAAGUUCAAACAUGAAAAAUGCUGAAUUUCUUUUGGAGACUACCUAAUGUUGGAUUUCCUCUUAUAACUCGAAGUGAAAGAAACACAUACACGUCUGAAAUGAUGGAAGCAAUGAGCUGCAUUGUUGGAUGAUUACAUCCAAAUUAUCUUAGAGCAGCAAUGAAGUAUUUGCUUUUGGAAACGCGGGAAACAAGUCGAGCAAAGGUGUAAAUAGAUUAAAAUUGUCAUCGUACCACUACCAUGAAUGUUAAUUUAAUAAUAAAACUUAUGUAGCCAUCUGAUGUCUUGCUGUUUGAAGGUUCUAAAUUUUUUACAAUUUGUUAUUAUGAGCUGGUAUGUAUUAUCAAUGAGAAAUGUUUUUUUUUGACAGACACAUACACCGUAUAUUUUCCAACCUUUAAAUUGUUUUUCCUCUCCUUGCCUUUGGGUGUUUGUUCUCA